AUGACGAACUUUGACAGUGCUCUUAAAUCACAACGUAACACAAAUGCAAAGCUCAACAGUGACAAUGAAGGCUACAAUCCAGAUAUGAAGAUGCCUCUGGGGAUUGAAAAGCACGCUUCAAUCGUCUACACCAUUACUGUUUUCGAUCAAGUUCAGGAUGAAAUAUGUGCCUCCUGUUUCAAAUGUAUGGUGUUGAGUGUUAGAGAAGACGGUGGAAUGUUGCACUAUGAUAUUAUGGAUGGAAAGAACAAAAGAUUUACUGUGGUGCACAAUGUAAAUGACCAUGAGGCCAAAUGCAGUUGCAAGAUGUUUGAGAUGGUUGGACUGUUGUGUAAACACAUAUUUGUGGUCUUUAGAGACCUUGAAAAAAUCCCUCUGAAGUACGUGGUUAAUCGGUGGACUAAGGAUGCAUCUUUAAAAGCUACAUUUGAAAUAGAUGGUGUCAUUUAUGAUCAGAAUGGACCAAAGGAUGAAAAGAAGAUGUUGCUGAACAAAGUGUGGUCUGAUAUACACUGUUGUAUGGAUCUGGCAGGUUCAAACAUGGAGCGAUUGGCUGCAUUUUCCCAAGUGAUUAAUGAACAGAAACAGCUGCUACUGUCAGGAAAGGAGAAAUUGUCCCCUCAGCACAACAGGAGGAUUGUUAUAGAAUCAUAUUGUGGAUCAACAGAAAUUUCAGAGAUCAACAUACUUCCACCGAAACAUGCAAAGAACAAGGGCAGCGGCAAGCGUAUCAAAAGCAGCAAGGAGUUGGCAAUGGAAAAAGAAGAGGGCAGGAGGUGCAAUUUUUGUGGUGUUAGAGGAGAUCACCAUGACACCAGGACUUGCCCACUUAACCCCAAAAAUAAGGACAAGCAAAAGGGUAAGAAAAAGGCAUAG